AUGGCCUCGGUAGUCCAGAGUCUCGCCGACGUCAACCAGCAACUCUUCGAGGCGAAGAAGACGAAGAAACUCUCCUUCGAACAGAUCGCCCAACGGAUGGGACGCGACGAAGUCUGGGUCGCAGCGCUCUUCUAUGGCCAGGCGAAGCCGACGGAUGAGGAGGUCGACAAGCUGAUUGAUGUUCUUGGACCCUGGAUCGACGCAAAGGCCAUGAAACGCCACUUCAACCCACACUUCUUCCCCGAACGCGGCCAACUCACGCCCAUGCCUCCGACCGACCCGACUCUGUACAGGCUUUACGAGAUCAUCGGAGUGUAUGGGUAUGCACUCAAGAGCGUGAUUCAUGAGAAGUUCGGAGACGGGAUCAUGUCCGCCAUCAACUUCAGCGCAAAGGUGGAGAAAGUCCAGAAGAACGGCGCCGACACAGUCCGCAUCACCUACGAGGGCAAGUGGCUUCCGUACGACUUUCACUGCUGA